CGUGAGCCCGCUACGACGAAAACAAGUGUAUUUCCGUUUCCUGUCCGUCUUGUUUAGAAUCACGGAAAAUACAUUUUUUCACCGGUCAAGGUCCGUCAGUACAUGAAGACAAACUCGGUAUUGUACCAUCCAAGACAGACAUUAAAUUACAUGUAGCAUGGGAUCGUGUGGACACUGUCACAUGCUAUGAAUGCAUAGUUUUGAGACAGUAGUCUUUGGCGUAAUGUUAGAAAAUAUGCCAUCGGACACUGCAUAGCCACAUCGCUAACUACAGGUAAUGUUAGCCACUAAAGCUAAUGAAUGUCAGAUUCAAUUCCAAGGCACUGGGGCACGGAAGUUGUUCAGUAAACACUAGUAAUGUGCCCGCAUUGUCAUUCAGUAAAAUCGAUUCACGCCGUCUAAUAAUAUCCAUUCCUUUCUGUGAAUCAUUCAUUCAUAUAUCGAUUCUUGUGGAAGACUAACGUCUCUGGUCAUCUGUCGCCAUGGGUGUAGUUAUUCGCAACCUCCAGCACGUGGUGCCUGUGCGCCGAGCAAGACUACGGAAAGAUGUGGAAACGUUAAGACACAUUCUAGGCAUCCAGAAAUUUGAUUUAGGUUUGAUAUGCGUCGACAACUGUAAAAUGCAAAGGAUUAAUAGCAUAUACAGGAAAAAGAACGCAGCAACGGAUGUUUUAUCGUUCCCCUUCUACGAGGAUCUGAGGCCUGGGAAAGUCCCUUGUGGCUUCCACAGAGACGACCUCAAUCUUGGCGACAUAUUUCUUGGAGUGGAGUAUGUGAUGCAACAGUGUAGAAGGACUUCUCAAGAUUUUCAUAGCACGUUAACAGUGGUUACUACUCAUGGGAUUUGUCAUUUACUUGGGUACCGACACGAGACAGACGAAGAAUGGAAAGAGAUGUUCCAAAGAGAAAGCUACAUCUUGACGGAAUUCAAUAGAUUGACCGGGAGUCGGCUAGAACCUCUUUCAAAGAAGUGCUCCGAACAUCAUUGAAGUUUCACAAGAUGAACAUCGCCUCACUCGAAGUGUGGACCAUGAAGUCUGAACCCUAAUGUUGUUGAGAGAGACUUGAUAUGCUACUGCACUACUUUUAUUUUGUACCUCUACGUCAGACUUGAACCAUCGAUGUUUGUCCAGUGCAACAUGGCAUCAGGACCGUGAGGACCGUGCCAAACAUGCUUUAUGCUGCUGAAUGGAUAAUUAAACACAAAAGGACAUA